UCCCCGCGUCCUAUCUGCCGCUCCUCUCCGGCGGCCACGGUGGCGGCCCUGGGGCCUCAUUGGCCGGCUGGGUGCCGCGUCUGCAGCAUAAAUUGGAGCUCUGGGCUCCUGCUGGGACGUUCGGCUGCCCACAGCCUCCAGUCGCUCUUGCUGGGUGAUGGGAACCCCGAGUCCGGCUGCCCCCUGGGGCGGAGCCCUCUGGGCCCUCCUCCUGGCCACACUUGGCUGCUCGGCCGGCCAGCCGCUGGGCGGAGAGUCCAUGUGCACGGCCCAGCCCCUGGCCAAGUACAGCAUCACCUUCACGGGCAAGUGGAGCCAGGCAUCCUUCCCCAAGCAGUACCCGCUGUUCCGCCCACCCGCGCAGUGGUCAUCCCUGCUGGGGGCAGCGCACAGCCCCGACUACAGCCUGUGGAGGAAGGGCCAGUAUGUGAGCAAUGGGCUGAGGGACUUCGCGGAGCGCAGCGAGGCCUGGGCACUGAUGCGGGAGAUGGAAGCUGCCGGGGAGAAGCUGCAGAGCGUGCACGGCGUGUUCUCGGCCCCAGCCGUGCCCAGCGGCACCGGGCAGACGUCCGCGGAGUUUGAGGCCCACUCCAGGCACUCGCUCGUGUCCUUCGUGGUCCGCAUCGUCCCCAGCCCCGACUGGUUCGUGGGCAUCGACAGCCUGGACCUGUGUGACGGGGGCCGCUGGAGGGAGCAGGUGGUGGUGGACCUCCACCCUUACGAUGCCGGGACCGACAGCGGCUUCACCUUCUCAUCCCCCAAGUUCGCGACCGUCCCGCAGGACACGGUGACCGAGAUCACGGCCUCCUCUCCUAGCCACCCCGCGAACUCCUUCUACUACCCGCGGCUUAAGUCCUUGCCUCCCAUCGCUACGGUGACCCUGGCGCGGCUCCCGCACAGCCCCAGGGCCUUCCCGCCCGCCCCGGGCUUCGGGGGCGGGGGCAACGAGGUCGCCGACAGCCUGCCAGCUCCGGAGACGCCGCUGGACUGCGAGGUGUCGCUGUGGUCGUCCUGGGGGCUGUGCGCAGGCCCGUGCGGGCGGCCCGGGGCCAAGAGCAGGACGCGCUACGUCCGUGCGCGGCCCGCCAACCACGGGGCGCCCUGCCCGUUGCUGGAGGAGGAGGCCCCGUGCGUCCCCGACAACUGCGUCUGACGCCGGGGCCUCCGAGCCCCCUGAGCCCCGCCGCCGGCGACCUCCGCGCAGAGACUGGCCCCCGGCCCGGCGGCCGCGCUGCACGACAGCCACACCCCGGCCGUGAAAUACCUCAGACCUGGUCGCCAGGCAGCCGCCCGGGGCCGCCGGGUCGCCGGCGCGAGACCAACACCUGCCUCGUCGCGUUCCCAUCCCAGCUCUUGAAUAAAG